CACGUGAUCGCGGCGGGCGUCAGCUGACCCGAGAGGGUUUGAAGCGGCACCGCGAGGGAGCGAGGCCGCAGCAGCAGGGGCGGCGGGCGCUGGGACCCCGGCUGUCCCGCCGCGCCCCGCCCCGGCAUGGCAGCCCCCGUGGGCCGGCGGGGCUCAGAGACCGAGCGGCUCCUGAGCCCCAGUCCUGGGUAUGGCACCCGCGCCGGGGCUUCCCCCACCCCUCCGGAAGAGGAGGACCUCCGCCGCCGGCUCAAGUACUUCUUCAUGAGUCCCUGUGACAAAUUUCGGGCCAAAGGCCGCAAGCCCUUCAAGCUCAUGCUGCAAGUCGUGAAGAUAUUGGUGGUCACCGUGCAGCUCAUCCUGUUCGGGCUCAGCAACCAGCUGGCAGUGACGUUUCGGGAGGAGAACACCAUUGCCUUCCGCCACCUCUUCCUGCUGGGCUACUCGGAUGGGGCAGACGACACUUUCGCGGCCUACACGCGGGAGCAGCUCUACCAGGCCAUCUUCCACGCUGUGGACCAGUACCUCCUGCUCCCUGAUGUGUCGCUUGGCCGGUAUGCCUACGUGCGAGGCGGGGGUGGCCCCUGGGCCAACGGCUCGGCCCUGGCCCUCUGCCAGCAGUACUACCACCGAGGCCACGUGGACCCAGCCAACGACACCUUUGACAUCGAUCCCAUGGUUGUCACUGACUGCAUCCGGGUGGACCCCCCCGAGAGACCCCUUGUGCCCCCCAGUGAUGAUCUCUCCCUCUCGGACGGCAGCGCCAGUUACAAGAACCUCACGCUCAAAUUUCACAAGUACUGCCUGAUGGAGGGGGCCUCCAGGGCUGGGCCGAGGGUUGGGGGCCAGGCAUCCUUGGCCGCCCCACCACGGGCGGGGACAGAGGAAAACCAUGCUGAUGCCUCUGUGCUGAUCAACGUCACCAUCCACUUCCAGCUGAAGACCAUCAAUCUCCAGAGCCUGAUCAACAAUGAAAUUCCCGACUGCUACACCUUCAGUGUCCUGAUCACUUUUGACAAUAAGGCGCACAGUGGGCGUAUCCCCAUCAGCCUGGAGACACAGGCCCAUAUCCAGGAGUGUAAGCAUCCCAGCGUCUUCAGGCAUGGAGACAACAGCUUCCGGCUCCUGUUCGACGUGGUCGUGAUUCUCACCUGUUCCUUCUCCUUCCUGCUGUGCGCCCGCUCGCUGCUCCGUGGCUUUCUGCUGCAGAAUGAGUUUGUUGGGUUCAUGUGGCGGCAGCGGGGACGGGUCAUCAGCCUCUGGGAUCGGCUGGAAUUUGUCAACGGCUGGUACAUCCUGCUGGUCACCAGCGACGUGCUCACCAUCUCGGGCACCAUCAUGAAGAUCGGCAUAGAAGCCAAGAACCUGGCAAGCUACGACGUCUGCAGCAUUCUCCUGGGCACCUCCACGCUGCUCGUCUGGGUCGGCGUCAUCCGCUAUCUGACCUUCUUCCAUAAGUACAACAUUCUCAUUGCCACGCUGCGGGUGGCCCUGCCCAGCGUCAUGCGUUUCUGCUGCUGUGUGGCUGUCAUCUACCUGGGCUAUUGCUUCUGUGGCUGGAUCGUGCUGGGGCCCUACCAUGUGAAGUUCCGCUCGCUGUCCAUGGUGUCGGAGUGCCUGUUCUCGCUCAUCAACGGGGACGACAUGUUCGUGACGUUCGCCGCGAUGCAGGCUCAGCAGGGCCGCAGCAGCCUCGUCUGGCUCUUCUCCCAGCUCUACCUCUACUCCUUCAUCAGCCUCUUCAUCUACAUGGUGCUUAGCCUCUUCAUCGCGCUCAUCACUGGCGCCUACGACACCAUCAAGCACCCCGGAGGGGCUGGCGCGGAGGAGAGCGAGCUCCAGGCCUACAUCGCGCAGUGCCAGGACAGCCCCACCUCCGGCAAGUUCCGCCGCGGGAGCGGCUCCGCCUGCAGCCUCCUCUGCUGCUGCGGCAGGGACGCCUCGGAGGAGCAUUCGCUGCUGGUGAAUUGAGUCGGAGCCGCUACUGCUACUGGACACUAGCCCUCCGACUGCGGAGACUCACGCUUAUUUAUUUGUAGGGUUUGCUUUUAAGGACCGGUUCCCUCCAGCGCCCUGAGGACCUGGGCCAGUCGGGUCGGACGCGGGUGGGGACGGGAGGGGUGGGUGU